ACCUUUGUUCUUGCCUCCACCUGCUCCGCACCGGCCGCUUCUGCCGGCAUUUCCUGGCAGUGCUGGCGGAUUUCUUCGCGAAGGGCGGCUGGGAGUUUGACCCGGCGUGUCUUCACCCGAGGUGGCGGGAAGAUGAGAGGCCUUGGAGCAUGGCCUCCAUCGCCAGGAAGACGAUACGGGAGGAGCCGUGUACGGAGGGCGCAGACGACGCGGCAGCUGGCAUUGUUGCGGAGCGGGAGCGUGUGACCAAGAUAAAGGCUGCCGCGAGCAAUGUCAUCCACGCCGACUGGGUCGCUUUGGGAAAGGAGUGGGGGCAACAGGCGUCGUCGUCGGGGCUCAGCAUCCCCGGGAAUGAACGUCUCAUGCGGCAGAUGAAGGCGAUUUUUGACCUCACCCUCAAGAGCGAGCUUGAGUCGGCCAAGACUGCCGGUGGCACCACGACCAUCACAUUUUCAGGCACCCGUCGUCAGGCAGUGGACCCCAGCUCACCCGCCGGCAGCGGUGCCGUAGACGGGGGAGGGGCAGCGGUGGCAGGUCGGGGCCGCGGUGGACGAUCGACUGGGCGGGGGCGGGGUCGUGGGGGGCGUGUCGCAGCGGAGGGAGGGGGUCGGGGCCGGGGCCGGGGCCAGGGACAGGGACAGGCUUCUGGUGUGGACGAUCGGGUGGUGGAAGGUGGCCAUCGACCGUGUGAAGCAGCGGGGGAGGGCGCCGCCGAAGAAGUGCGUGCCGAUCACCUCACGGCCGCGGGUGGGGGCGGCCUGCUCUCGUCGCGGUGUGCAGACGUGGAACGCCGUUCGCAAAUCCGCUCUCUCCCUCUCCAACAGUGGGCGUCGAACGCAGGAACGGAGAGCGGCCGUCAGGGGGAGGGCCGGGGAGGACGGACGUUACGGGGGGUGCUUCCAGCAAUGCAAGCGUCGCUACCCUUUUCAGAGCGGGAGCAAUACGGUGGCUCAUGGGUGGACUCUUAGGACGGGGGUGGGGUCUCGGGCGGGCCAUGGGGUAGGAGGGGAGGGAUACGGCGGCUCAUGGGUGGACUCCGGGAUGAGGGUUGGGGGAGGGACUGGCGAUGAAUCUAGACGUAGCGCGGAUCCUGGGUAUUUCCCAGCUUGCUACGCAGAGAGUGCGGCUCGACCGUCCGUUGCACAGCAGUUAGUUAGUGGUGGAGUGGAAGAUAGAAGUGCGUACGGGGGAGGCAUCGGAGAGGUUGGCUUUCCUUCCCACGAAAUAAGUGGGAGCGGUCGUCGUUUAGCGCCCGCCGAGCUACCGCUUUUUGCCGAAACGUCCAUGGUACGAGCUUCCCCGAGGGCUCCACUCAGAGCACAGCAAAAACGUAAAAAAUCAAGUACAGAAUCUGGUGCCUCAGGUCGGAGCAAGGGGCUAUUUAAGGUGUGGUAAAGAGGGGAUGGAUUUUCAAAUGUUGCUGCUUUCGGGCUAAGUAUUUUGGUGUUCUUGUACGGUGUACGGUGUUGCACGAAUUUGUUUUUCACGUGCUGUUGGGCUGAUUGCCUUCUGGCAGAUGUAAUACAUAUAUGCCGUACGGUGUGGCGUCAAUAGCUGUAUAUCUUCCCCUCUUUUUUUCACCAUGAGUUUUGUACAAAUAUACGGGUUUUUGUGUGUAUUCUGCGUGGGAUGUUUGUUUCUGUCGUUUAUUUAAUAUUUACCCUCGUGGGCCAGGGGCCAGCGGGAUCGUGUUUUGUUGUAAGUGUGCUCAUCUGUUUUGCUUACGUUCUAUGCAUGGUCUUUCUUGGUUUCAGUGCCGGCAGCGUGUGCGCGUAACCCUA